GUUUCAUUGUUCACGCGACGUUUUGAAUUUGACUUAUAGCUGCGUGCUGUUGUAGCGUGCUGGGUUUCAUAAUACGCAAUAGUUAUGCAAAUCAAUGGAUGUAUGGGAAGCAGUCUGUCGGAUAUAUUUCCUUCUAUUCCUAGCCAAGACCCUAACGGUGGCUUAAUGCCUGUUCCAGCUAUACAUGUCAACGGACCAAACAUUAACAAUAGUGAUUCUAUGUCUCGGCUACAAUAUCUUGGCUUAAGUUUGCUGCAAAACGGUCAAAAUGGAAAUGGUGGCGCAUUUUUCAAUGAGGACCGCUCGCGUACCAAUCUGAUUAUCAAUUACCUUCCUCAAAGUUUCGACCAAAAUGAUUUGCAACGUCUUUUUGAACGUGUUGGCCCUAUAAGACAAUGCAAGCUUAUAAGGGAUAAGGAGUCGGGCGCUAGUUUAUGCUACGGAUUCGUGGAUUUCGUCAACCCUCAGCACGCAGCCUUGGCUAUACAAACAUAUCACGGCUAUGAGUGUGACCGAAAGCGUUUACGAGUGGCAUACGCCAGCUCAGGUGGGCGGCGAAUUAUUCCAGGUGAGUAACUUAACAUCAUUUUAUGUCAUAGGAAAUCGCCCUCAAAAAUUUUCUAAUGUAAGCGACGUUCAGGGCACUCCGAAUGUUGAAGUUACUAAUGAAAAUAUAAUUGGUUGGGAAGUACUAGUUACUGGAACACCUAUAGAGUGGACUAAACCAGAAUUACUUCGUUUGUUUUCGAACUUUGGAGCUCUUAUAGACGUGCUGCCGCUGACUCCUCGGCUACCUGACUCUCCGCCUGGUCAGAAGCCAGGCUUCAGUCCACCUUCGAAUGGGACUUCUAGUGACGUGAGCUCCGAGUCUCCAGAUGGCAAACAUGCAUCAGGUGCACGUGUCAUUUUCCAGGAAAAAGAAAGUGCGGAAAUUUCGGUCUUGCGUUUGAAUGGUUAUCAGGCUCCAGAUUGGUGCUCAUCUCUCAACCUGAGAUUAAUUGGUCCAGUAACUCGGGAAAUGUGUGGUCACUUCUAUUCUUCACGUCAAUCUCCACCCUAUACAUUUGGGCGUAUGCUAAACAGCCAAAGUAUUGCUGAUCCUUUGACUGAAUCGGAUAUAUUUACAAACGUGCUGAAUAGACGAGUUUUAAACACACCGAACUGUGCAGUUCAUGGUAAUCCUCAAAGCCACUUUGUAACAGAUGCGAAGAGUUCUGAAGUUCUACCGGUCGCACCGGAGGGUAACAAUCUACAUCUCCAAUCAAAUUCAGUCUUCAAUAUUCCUCCUCGAGCAGUCAUGCGAAACAAAGUGAGUGACCCAACAUCAACUUCAAUCUUCAACCAGGAUGUUCUUUCUCAUACUGGUUCGUUAGGCAUCCUCGAUUUUCUUGACAGUCACCAAAAUGCAAAUUCGACAAGUGGGACUGACCGAUGUACAUCUAGAGAUGUCUCCGUAAUCAACACAUUGAACUCUGAACGCGUUGCCGACAGUGAACAACCGAAGCUGCAGAAUUCGCUGAAGAACUUGACAAGUGCUCAAAAUCACUCUUCAUGGCCAUUCGUCCAGCAUCGGUCUACCUUAACUGCACUGUCUGAAAACGGGCGGUCUAACGAAAUGAACAAAGGUACUCCAACAGCUGGGGGUUACAGACGUUUGUCUGUAAAGUCUCCUCUGAUAGAGAGUCCAAUUUUAUCUAGCCUACUAGCUCAAGAAAAUUCCCAGGCAAACAUAUGGCUUAAGCUAGAAAAUAUUCAGCCGACAGGGUCAUUCGAGAUUCGUGGUGUUGAAAAUGUGAUUUGCAAGUGGGCAGCUUCGGGAGUCAACCAUAUUGUUUGCCCGACUACUGGAAGCUUAGCGGUUGCCGUAUGUUUUGUCGCUCAUGCGUACAUGCUUAACUGUACUCUUGUAGUACCUGAGGCUCAUGAGUUAACCAUAAGGCGGCGUUUAGCACUUGUAGCUCAAGAUGCUAAAAUUGUUGUGGUUAGUGGCGGUUUUCAAGAGGCUCAUCACUGUGCCGAUCAAAUGGUCAAGGAAAUGCAAUCAGCACCUGAUUCCAAUAGUCGUCUUCUUCAUCCGUAUGAACAGCCUGGACUCUGGGAAGGAUAUGAAUAUAUUGUUGAUGAGAUUUUUUCGGAGAUUGGUCAACCAGAUGCAAUAGUUAUUGCUGUUGGUGAUGGAGGGUUGUUAGCAGGCAUUAUUCAAGCUUUGUGGAACAAGAAAUGGUCUUCAACGCACAUCAUAACUGUCGAAAAUGAAGGAAAUGAUUACCUAAAUCGCUCAUUAAAAUCUGGCCAGUUGGCGGUUUCAAAGAGCUCUUCAUUUGCAGCUUCCAUAAGCUCCCCUGUCUUCACACCACGGGCGUUACAGUUAGCUCAGUGUCAACAGAUCAGUGCGAUUACCUGUACAGACGUGGAAGCUAUCAAUGGAGUUAAGCGUUUUCUGGAUGAUCAUGGUAUGCUUGUUGAUCCGGCUUGUGGAGCUGCCCUUUCGUCCGUGUAUUCGGGCUAUUUGUCCCGUUUACAAUUUGAGGGUCGCCUGCCGCGAACACCUUAUGUUGUCAUAAUUGUCGAAGGAGGGAAAGGCUUUUCUUUACGCCAAUUGAUUGAUUUGGAAAACCAGAUGGCCCCAUUCGCUCCCCAACAAAUCGCUGCAUCUGUGUUACCACCCACAUCUAGCUCGUACAUUACCCAUCUAUCUCCAUACCCAACAUCUCAAGAAAUUGAUAAAUCCACAGCAACGAUCCACAACAAAUCAAUGUCAAACCAUAUGGCAAGAAAAGGAAGUACACCGACACCGAGUACACCGCGCUCUGUGUGUAAUACAGUUAGCAGGAUACCGACCUCUAGACCUGAUUCUGAUCAACAAGCGUCAGAUUGCAAUGGUGGAGAAACCGAAGCAGGCUCAGAAUGCGCUAGCACGUUGAAUCCACACGAUUUGGUGAAUUUUUCCAAGCUUUUAGCUUCCUCUGAAGCUAAAGGUGGGGAGACGAGUCUUCGCGAAUCGUAGUCUAUAGAUUAAUCAACGUUGAUUAUGCUUUAUUUUUAUUUCUAUAUUUUUUGAUAAAAACAGUUAUGAAUGUUUUUACAGUUCUAUUUAAGUUUAGGUUAUCUUAAACAUACUUUAUUUUGGCUGUUUAGUCAGUCAAUCUGUUCUUUCGUUCGGAAUAUUUUAGCGAUCCUAACAACCGCAUAUAAUGAUUAUUAUUGAUUUACCUCAUCAUUUGUUUAUUAGAUUUCAUAUUUUCUCUAUUUUAUUUUAUCAGUCUGUUAGUUAGAUAUUUGUUUUAUUUAUCUUUAUUAGUUUCGAGUUGGUAUGUUAUCUAGUUUCGUUUUUUAAUUUGAGGUAAUCUCUUUAACACUACUUUGUUAGUGUUAAGUCAUGUAAACACCGUCAUAAUUUCAUCUUUUGCUAAAGUUGUUAUCCUAGUUUCACCCAGGAUAUUGAAUAUGUCUGUUGUGCCUUACACAGGUGUAUCAUUCUUUACUGCUAGACUAUUAGUCUGCAUUUAUGCAGUUUGAUUUUCAUUUUUAUUUCCUAUCCCAAAAAUUACUUUUCCAUCAUGACGGAAUGACGUGUCAGUUGUUGGUUGUAAUAUUAUCUAUCCGGUAUGAAUUAAAUUGCAAACCUGAACAUUACUGAUUUAAAUUUUAUAUUGACUUAGGUAUUUACCUACCUCGCUUGAUUUCAUGUGUUUUCACCAACUAAUCUUGUUCUUUUUACUCAAUAUUAUUUUUCUGUGGUUGAAGCAUCAAUUCUCUCAAUCCAGUCAUUCCAUAUGUGCUUCUCUCCCAGUUUAUUUUGCAAACUGACACAAGUUGAUUUGUGUGUAACACUCCUCCUCCUUGGAAGGAUGUACACAGUCGCAUUUGUUUUGUUUUUUUAACUGUUUUCUCAUGUUACUUAUCAUUAUUAUACCAUAUAAUUAUGUAGCACUUGUGCCUUUCUUUUUUAUAUUCAUUGUUUGUGUUUUCAUUAUUAUUUUCAAGCAAGCAGUAUUACUUUCUAAUCUGAUAUGAUACCAGAUUUUUGAAUUUAUUUAUUAUAUUGAAUUUUUUCUCAUAUAUCAAUUUACAAUUAUGAAUGUUUUUUUUGCUUGUUGUUUUUUCUUUUGUAGUCUGUUUUAAUUGCCAUUUAUUUAAAAUGAUUGCUUUACAUUGUUUUCUUAUUUUCAUUGCAUAUAUUUGUGUGUUGCA